AUGGUGACCGGGAGGGGCGAGGGUGCGGCUGCCCAAUGGGCGGGGGCAUCGUGGCCCCGAGCGGCAGGAAAUGGUAUUAAUGGUGGGGGCAGCUCCGGGGCGCGGGCGCGGCCGGGAACGCCACCCCAGGCACGGGGUCACAAGCCCCAGAAGCUGGAAAGGGCUUCGCGGCCCGAUGAAGCGCCCGCCCGCGACAAGAAGCUCCGGGUUCAAGGAGGAGCGCUAGCCCGCUCCCCCAGAGCGGCACGUCCUCCCCCAAAAGAGGUGGGCCAAGCCCCCCAGCAAGCCCCGCCGCCCCAGGCCCCAGGCCCCCAUCCAAGCGAAGCGGCCAGCCAGCCAGCCAGCCAGCAAGCCCCGACGCGAGGGGGGUGGGGCUGGGGCUGGGGGUGGCGAGCGGGGAGAGGGGAGAGGCUCAAGGGGGGCUGGCGCCCUCCCCCUGGACAAAUAGCACCCGAGCUCACGAGCUCAAGGCAGAGGCGAAAGCGGUGA